CUUAACCUAUCACUUGUGAAAUAUAUAGCUUUUUGGGAGAAAUCAGAGAAACCUUCACUUAAGAGUUUCUUGGAUUUCCGUUUACAAGAAGGCGAUUUGGAACGAGAGGAGAUGGAGUACAGUCAAUACAGGAAUGAACUAAACACCAUUCUCAAUUAUCAUGCUGAAGCGCCGGAAACUAGAGAAGAAAUGCAACAGCUGUUAAGGAAUUUCCAGUAUCUGUACUCACCAACUACCCUACUGGUCAUGUGCUGGCAGUGGAAAAGGUUACGUGCUUGUUGGUUAGUGUACAGUGUUGGUGGACUACCUUGUGGGUUGCGUGCUCAUAGAGGAAAGGACAAAAAAAAAUCAAAGGAAGUAAAUAGUUUUUGGAAUCUGCAGGCUAAGCAACAAAACAUUCAUAUGAACCUUAAAUUGGUUGAGAAAAGAAGGAAGUUGCUUGAGAAGGAACAAGAUGAAUUGAAGGACCAGAUUUGUCUCGAACAGAAUACAAGCACAUAUGUUUGUGAUGACUCUAGUUCUUGUGAAAUCAUGCCAUGUCCAAGUCCAACUUGUUCAGUCACAAAUACUUUAAUAAGGAUGCCUAAUAAGCCAAUUAUUAUGAAGGCUACUUAUAAUGAAUAUUCUUCUGCACAUAUAAUAUGUGCUUUCAAUUCAACGAUUCAUCUUGUCAAGGCAACUAUUGGAGAACAAAUGUAUGAAAAAGUUAUAAGUAUGCUCCAGAUAGGAAACAAAUUGGUUAUGAAUGAUUCAAUACUCAAAAAGAUCAAUAACAUAUUCAAUAACAUCUUUCAAUUAAAUUAUUCUGAAAUCGAAUCUAAAAUAAUUUCAGAAACAAAAAUUGAUGAUAAACAACAAAUGAGGAUAGUUUUGGAUCAUGAUAUGCUUGAACGAUCUUAUAUUGUUGAAGUUCUGUCACCAAUUUUUCUCACAUUUCGCAAAGCAUUUCCUAAUGUAAAAUAUAUGUGGGUAGAAAAGGAUGUAAGGUCCAUAAAAGAGGUGAAUAUCAUGUUUACAAGUAAUUUUGGAAAACAAAAAACAGAUUUACUCAUUCUUAGAUUGUCAGAUGCAAGAGAGCUUUUGAAUGUUGAAGUGUCUGGACCUACUUACAAAUCUAUGAAAAAACACAUGGUUGGUGAUGUUAAAAAGCUAUUAAUGAUGGCUAUUUGUAGUUUAUGUCGACUUCUUGGAGAUCGACUUAUGUUAUUUGCUGUUUCUAAAGAAAUAUUUGGCUUUCUUCGAAAUGAAUUCAUAGAACAAGAAAGAUUACAAAGGAAAAUUCGUUCCUUUAUUCCAGUUGAUGAUUGUACUGAAAAUCUAAGGGAACAGUUACAUCUACCAGAUGAUGAUAUUUCACUUGUUACUGAAGAAGAUAUGGAUGAAAUAUUUCUUUGA